GUGCCAGCCGCGGCUGCCGAGGCCCGUGCCCCGCGAGGGAAACCGAUGAAGCACAUCUGGACAGCUGUGUUGAGGAGCUUUGCGGCCCCCUCGCGGGCCGACGUCAGCCGAGCACGUCCCCCACGUCCGUUCCUUCUCGCCACUUACUAUUUAUUCGUUCUCCCAGAGAAGCAACCAGGGACCCAGAAGUUUAAAACUUUUUCCCCCUAAUGCGAGACGUGGCCAGAUCCCAUCCAACACACAGUUUAAUUUUCAUGGGGCUCUGGAUCAAAAGCACAGAAACAGCAACAACAAAAGCCUAGCCGCUGUCUGAUCUUAAACUGGCAAAGUGGGAAAAAUAAAGUGUUGAGUAAACAGACCAAGUUGGAAGCUUUCCAGCGUUACCUAAGAAACAAAGGCUAAGUUUUGGCUGCUUCAUUCUUACCCCUUCAACCACAGUUCUAACAUGCUUGAUCUACUGAGAGCAAAGAUGAUCAAUGACUCUGAGGGGAGAAAUGGAUUUAAACAGCCAAAGGUCAUGGGGAGUUUCAUAGGUCAUGCUCUCCCUGGAAGCUUCUUUCUUAUUAUUGGUCUUUGGUGGUGUACAAAGAGUAUUCUGAAGUAUGUCUGCAAAAAGCAAAAGCGAACCUGCUACCUUGGUUCCAAAGCAUUAUUCCAUCGAUUGGAAAUUUUGGAAGGAAUUACACUGGUCGGCAUGGCUUUAACUGGCAUGGCUGGGGAGCAGUUUAUUCCUGGAGGGCCCUAUCUGAAGUUAUAUGACUAUAAACAGGGCCAGUGGAACCAACUCCUGGGCUGGCAUCAUUUCACCAUGUAUUUCUUCUUUGGGCUGAUCGGUGUGGCACACAUCUUAUGUUUCAUCUUCAGUUCACUUCCUUUCUGCUUAAUCAAGUUAAUGUUGUCAAAUGCCUUAUUUGUGGAGGCUUUUGUCUUCUACAACCACACUCAUGGCCGGGAAAUGCUGGACAUCUUUGUGCACCAGCUGCUGGUUUUGGUCAUCCUUCUGACAGGCCUCAUUGCCUUCCUAGAGUUCCUUGUCAGGAACAAUGUACUUCUGGAGCUACUGCGGUCAAGCCUCACCCUGCUUCAAGGGAGCUGGUUCUUUCAGAUUGGAUUUGUCCUGUAUCCCCCUGAUGGAAGUCCUGCAUGGGAUCUGGUGGAUCAUGAAAACAUUAUGUUUCUCACCAUAUGCUUCUGUUGGCAUUACGCAGUAGCCCUUGUCAUCGUUGGAAUGAAUUACGCUUUCGUCACCUGGCUGACUUCUGGGCCUCAUCUCCUUAGGGGCUGGGAAGCCUCCAACAUCAGUGCCAGCAUCCAAGGAAACUCUCUUCCUCAUGUCAGCUCCUCUGCAGAGCCAAAAGAAGACUACUGUCUCUUCCUGUUUCAAAGACCUUCAGACCCCUAAUGGACCUCUUAUUGACUUAUAGUACCCUAGAAACUGGAUACUCCAUUUUUUAUUUUCCAACCUUCUCCUCUACCCCUGACACAUAUUAUCCUAAAUCUUUUUGCCCAGGCAGUUCCCUCCACCUGGCAUAUUCACAUUAAAUGCUCAUCUCUUCUAUGGAACCUUCUGUGAUGACUCUAGCCCUUGCUCAUCUCCCUUUAAGAGUUUUUACAGCAUGUACUCUAUAUCAUGCAUUUCAAAAAUUGGGAACUCUCUUGUGAUGUUCCCCAUGAGCUCAUGUGUAUUAGUCUUAUCUCCUGGCUAGAUUGUGUCUCCUUGAGUAUAAGACCCUUUCCAUAUUUCCAACACAUCUUGGCAUGCUGCAAACAUAUAGUAGAUUCUCAAUAAACUAUUUUUGCUGUUUUUUAAAAAAUUAUUAUUAUACUUUAAGUUCUGGGUACAUGUGCAGAAAGUGCAGGUUUAUUACAUAGGUAUACAAGUGCCAUGAUAGUUUGCUGCACCCAUCAACCGUAAUAUGCAUUAAGUAUUUCUCCUAAUGCUUCCCCCCCAGCCCCCUACAUUUGACAGACCCUGGUGUGUGAUGUUCCCCUCCCUGUGUCUAUGUGUUAUCAAUGUUCAACUCCCACUUAUGAGUGAGAACAUGCGGUGUUUGGUUUUCUCUUCUUGUGUUAGUGUGCUGAGAAUGAUGGUUUCCAGCUUCAUCCAUGUCCCUGCAAAGGUCGGGAACUCAUCCUUUUUUAUGGCUGCAUAGUAUUCCAUGGUGUAUAUGUGCCACAUUUUCUUUAUCCAGUCUAUCAUUGAUGGGCAUUUGGUUUGGUUCCAAGUCUUUGCAAUUUGUGAACAGUGCCACAGUAAACAUGUGUGCAUGUUUCUUUAUAGUAGAAUGAUUUAUAAUCCUUUGGGUAUAUACUCAGUAAUGGGAUUGCUGGGUCAAAUGGUAUUUCUCAUUCUAGAUACUUGAGAUCACCACACUGUCUUCCACAAUGGUUGAACUAAUUUACACUCACACAAAUAGUGUAAAAUUGUUCCUAUUUCUCCACAUCCUCUCCAGCAUCUGUUGUCUCCAGAUUUUUUAAUGAUCGCCAUUCUAAUUGGCAUGAGGUGCUAUCUCAAUGUGGUUUUGAUUUGCAUUUCUCUAAUGACCAGUGAAGAUGAGCUUUUUUUUCACAUGAUUCUUGGCUUCAUAAAUGUCUUCUUUUGAGAAGUGUCUGUUCAUAUCCUUUGCCCAUUUUUUGAUUUUUUUUUCUUGUAAAUUUGUUUAAGUCUUUGUAGAUUCCGGAUAUUAGCCCUUUGUCAGAUGGAUAGAUUGCAAAAAUUUUCUCCCAUUCUGUAGGUUGCCUGUUCACUCUGAUGCUAGUUUCUUUUGCUGUGCAGAAGCUCUUUAGUUUAAUUAGAUGCCAUUUGUCUAUUUUGGCUACUGUUGCCAUUGCUUUUGGUGUUUAAGUCAUGAAGUCUAUGCUCAUGCCUAUGUCCUGAAUGGUAUUGCCUAGGUUUUCUUCUAUGGUUUUUAUGGUUUUAGGUCUUACAUUUAUGUCUUUAAUCUAUCUUGAGUUAAUUUUUGUAUAACAUGUAAGGAAGGGAUCCAGUUUCAGCUUUUUGCACAUGGCUAGCCAGUUUUUCCAACACCUUUUGUUAAAUAGGAAAUCCUUUCUCCAGUGCUUGUUUUUGUCAGGUUUGUCAAAGAUCAGAUGGUUGUAGAUGUGUGGCGUUAUUUCUGAGGCUUCUAUUCUGUUCCAUUGGUCUAUAUAUCUGUUUUGGUACCAGUACCUUGCUCUUUUUAUUACUGUAGCCUUGUAGUGUAGUUUGAAGUCAGGUAGCGUGAUGCCUCUGGCUUUGUUCUUUUUGCUUAGAAUUGUCUUGGCUCUGGAGACUUUUAUUUUGUUCUGUAUGAAAUUUAAAGUAGUUUUUUUCCAAUUCUGUGAAGAAAGUCAAUAGUAUCUUGAUGGGGAUAGCAUUGAAUCUAUAAAUUACUUUGGGAAGUAUGGCCAUUUUCACCAUAUUGAUUCUUCCCAACCAUGAGCAUGGAAUGUUUUUCCAUUUGUUUGUGUCCUCUCUCAUUUCCUUGAGCAGUGGUUUGUAGCUCUCCUUAAAGAGGUCCUUCACAUCCCUUGUAAGUUUAUUCCUAGGCAUUUUAUUCUCUUUGUAGCAACUGUGAAUGGCAGUUCACUCAUGAUUUGGCUCUCUGUGUGUCUGUUAUUGGUGUAUAGGAAUGCUUGUGAUUUUUGCACAUUGAUUUUGUAUCCUGAGACUUCGUUGAAGUUGCUCAUCAGCUUAAGGAGAUUUUGGGCUGAGACGAUGGGGUUUUCUAAGUAUACAAUAAUUCAUCUGCAAACAGAGACAAUUUGACUUCCUCUUUUCCCAGUUGAAUACCAUUUCUUUCUUUCUCUUGCCUGAUAUCCCUGGCUAGAACUUCCAAUACUGUGCUGAAUAGGAGUGGUGAGAGAGGGCAUCCUUGUCUUGUUCUGGUUUUCAAAGGUUAUGCUUCCAAUUUGUGGCCAUUCAGUAUGGUAUUGGCUGUGGGUUUGUCAUAAGUAGCUCCUAUUAUUUUGAGAUACAUCCUAUCAAUACCUAGUUUAUUGAGAUUUUUUAGCAUGAAGCGCUGUUGAAUUUUAUCAAAGACCUUUUCUACAUCAAUUGAGAUAAUCAUGUGGCUUUUUUCAUUGGUUCUGUUUAUGUGAAUGGAUUACAUUUAUUGAUUUACGUAUAUUGAACCACAUCCCAAGGAUGAAGUUGACUUGAUCGUGGUGGGUAAGCUUUUUGAUGCACUGUUGGAUUUGCUUUCCCAGUAUUUUAUUGAGGAUUUUCAUAUUGAUGUUCAUCAGGGAUAUUGGCCAGAAAUUUUCUUUUUUUGUUGUGUCUCUGUCAGGUUUUGGCAUCAGGAUGAUUCUGGCCUCAUAAAAUGAGUUAGGCAGGAGGCCCUCCUUUUCUAUCAUUUGGAAUAGUUUCAGAAGGACUGAUACCAGCUCCUCUUUGUACCUCUGGUAGAGUUCGGCUGUGAAUCCAUCUGGUCCUGGACUUUUUUUGGUUGGUAGGCUAUUGAUUACUGCCUCAAUUUCAGAACUUGUUGUUGGUCUAUUGAGGGAUUCAAUUUCUUCCUGGUUUAGUCUUGUGAGGGUGUAUCUAUCCAGGAAUUUAUCCAUUUCUUCUUGAUUUUCUAGUUUAUUUGCAUAGAAGUUUUUAUUGUAUUCUCUGAUGGUAGUUUGUAUUUCUGUGGGAUUGGUGGUGAUAUCCCCUUUAUCAUUUGAUUCUUCUCUCUUUUAUUCUUCAGUAGUCUGAAUAGCAGUCUAUCUACUUUGUUGAUCUUUUCAAAAAACCACCUCCUGGCUUCGUUGAAUUUUUUGAAGGUUUCUUUUUAUGUCUCUAUCUCCUUCAGUUCUGCUCUGAUCUUAGCUAUUUCUUAUCUUCUGUUAGCUUUUGAAUCUGUUUGUUCUUGCUUCUCUAGUUCUUUUAAUUGUGAUAUUAGAGUGUCGAUUUUAGAUCUUUCUUGAUUUCUCUUGUGGGCAUUUAGUGCUAUAAAUUUCCCUCUACACACUGCUUUAAAUAUGUCCCCAAGAUUCUGGUACAUAGUGUCUUUGUUCUCAUUGGUUUCAAAGAACAUCUUUAUUUCUGCCUUAAUUUCGUUAUUUACCGAGUAGUCAUUCAGGAGCAGGUUGUUUAGUUUCCAUGUAGUCGUGCAGUUUUGAGUGACUUUCUUAAACCUGAGUUCUAAAUUGAUUGUACUGUGGUCUGAGAGACUGUUUGUUAUGGUUUCCGUUCUUUUGAAUUUGCUGAGGAGUGUUUUACUUCCAAUGAUGUAGUUAAUUCUAGAAUAAGUGUGAUGUGGUGCUGAGAAGAAUGUGUAUUCUGUUGACUUGGGGUGGAGAGUUCUGUAGACGUCUAUUAGGUCUGCUCGGUCCAGAGCUGAGUUCAAGUCCUGAAUAUCCUUGUUAAUUUUCUGUCUCAUUGAUCUGUCUAAUAUUGACAGUGGGGUGUUAAAGUCUCCCAUUAUUAUUGUAUGGGAGUCUACAUCUUUUUGUAGGUCUCUAACAACUUGUUUUAUGAAUCUGGGUGUUCCUGUAUUGAUUCCAUGUGUAUAUAAGAUAGUUAGAUCUUCUUGUUGCAUUGAUUCCUUUACCAUUAUGUAUGCCUUUUUUUGUCUCUUUUGAUCUUUGUUGGUUUAAAAUUUGUUUUCUAGAGACUAGGAUUGCAACCCCUGUUUUCUUUUUCUUUCCAUUUGCUUGGUAAGUAGUCCUCCAUCCCUUUAUUUUAAGCCUAUGUGUGUCUUUGCACGUGGAUGGGUCUCCUGAAUACAGUACACUGAUGGGUCUUGACUCUAUCCAAUUUGCUGGUUUCUGUCUUUUAAUUGGAGCAUUUAGCCCAUUUAUAUUUAAGGUUAAUAUUGUUAUGUGUGAAUUUGAUCCUGUCAUUAUGAUUCUAUCUGUUCUUUUGCCUGUUAGUUGAUGCAGUCUCUUCAUAGUGUCAAUGGUAUUUACAAUUUGGUAUGUUUUUGCAGUGGGUGGUACUGGUUGUUCCAUGUUUAGUGCUUCCUUCAGGAACUCUUGUAAGGGAGGCCUGGUGGUGACAAAAUCUCUCAGCAUUUGCUUGUUUGUAAAGGAUUUUAUUUCUCCAUUUAUGAAGCUUAGUUUGGCUGGAUAUGAAACUCUUGGCUGGUUGAAAAUUCUUUUCUAUAAGAAUGUUGAUUAUUGGCCCCCACUCUCUUCUGCAUUGCCAAGAGAUCCACUGUGAGUCUGACGGGCUUCACCUUGUGGGUAACCUGACCUUUCUCUUUAGCUUCCCUUAACAUUUUUUUCUUCAUUUCCACCUUGGUGAAUCUGAUGAUUAUGUGUCUUAGGGUUGCUCUUCUCGAGCAGUAUCUUUGUGGUGUUUUCUGUAUUUCCUAAAUUUGAAAGUUGGGCUGCCUUGCUAGAUUGAGGAAGUUCUCCUGGAUAAUAUCCCGAAGAGUGUUUUCCAACUUGGUUUCAGUUUCCCUGUUUCUUUCAGGUACGCCAAUCAAACAUAGCUUUUGGUCUUUUCACAUAGUCCCAUAUUUCUUGGAGGUUUUAUUUGUUUCUUUUCACUAUUUUUUCUCUAAUCUUGUCUUCACACUUGUUUCAUUGAGUUGAUCUUCAAUCUCUGAUCUCCUUUCUUCUGCUUGAUUGAUUCAGCUAUUGAUACUUGUGUAUGCUUCACGAAGUUCUUGUGUUACACUUUUCAGCUCCAUUAGGUCAUUUAUAUUCUUCUCUAAACUGGUUACUCUAAGUUAGCAAUUCAUCUAACCUUUUUUCAAGGUUCUUAGCUUCUUUGCAUUGGGUUAGAACAUGUUCCUUUUGCUUGGAGGAAUUUGUUAUUACCCACCUCCUGAAGCCUACUUCUGUCAAUUCUUCAAACUCAUUCUCCAUCCAGUUUUGUUCCCUUGCUGGAGAGGAGUUAUGAUUUUUUGGAGGAGAAAAGGCAUUCAGGGUUUUGGAAUUUUCAGCCUUUUUGCCCUGAUUUCUUCCUAUCUUCAUGGAUUUAUCUACCUUUGGUCUUUGAUGUUGGUGACCUUUGGAUGGGGUUUCUGAGUGAACUUCCUUUUUGUUGAUGUUGAUACUAUUCCUUUCUGUUUGUUAGUUUUCCUUCUAACAGUCAGGCCUCUGUGCUGCAGGUCUGCUGGAGUUUGCUGGAGGUCCACUCCAGACCCUGCUUGCCAGGGUAUCACCAGUGGAGGCUGCAGAACAGUAAAGAUUGCUGCCUGUUCCUUCCUCUGGAAGCUUCAUUCCAGAGGGGCACUCACCAGAUGCCAGCCAGAGCUCUCCUGUAUGAGGUGUUUGUCAGCCCCUACUGGAAGGUGUCUUCCAGUCAGGAUACACAGGGGUCAGGUACCCACUUGAGGAGGCAGUCUGUCCCUUAUCAGAGCUCGAAUGCUGUUCUGGGAGAUCUGCUACUCUCUUCAGAGCUAUCAGGCAGGGAUGUUUAAGUCUGUUGAAGCUGUGCCCACAGCUGCCCCUUCCCCAGGUUCUCUGUCCCAGUGAGAUGGGGGUUUUAUCUAGAAGUCCCUGACUGGGGCUGAUUCCUCUGUUUCAGAGAUGCCUUGCUCAAAGAGGAGUAAUCUAGAGAGGCAGUCUUGCCACAGCAUCAUUGCUGAGCUGCUGUGGGUUCUGCUCAGUUCCAACUUCUUGGUGGCUUUGUUUACAAUGUGAGGGUAAAACUGCCUGCAGUCUUGCUUGUGACAGUUCAAAGAUGACAAUUGUCUGCUUGAAAAUUUUAUUACAUAUUUUACUGUAUCUCACAUUUAAAUAGAACUCUUCCACAGAACUAUUUCAAACACCCCUCUCUAUGGGUAGGAAAACAUCGCCCAUUUACAGGUUAGUUUUCCAAGCAAUGAUUCAUGUGAACCAUUUUGAAGAACAAAAUAGAAAUGCCCAAAUUCCAUGCAUAUGAUAGUUUCUUGGAAGUACAUCUGUUGUCUCAGCUCUGCUCUUUCUCAUAUUAAGUGAAGAGCACAUAUGGGAGCAAAAGCAUAGACAUACCAUGACCCCAGAUCCCUGGAUUCAUGCCAUUCUAGUAACCAGUGGUUAUUUUUAGUUGCUCUUUAUCACCCCAUCUCUCAGUCUGGCCCAGGUAGCCAUUUCUUCACAUGCAGAUAAAUAUACCUACUCCUACAGGUACAGGUGGCAGACAGAGGCUGGUUAAGGUGUCUAACAUGUCUUAGGUUGGGGGCUUAUGGUAGCCACAGAUACAACCCAGAGAGAAGGAAUGGGAAACAGGGGGUGUUAGUAGGGGUCUAUGUUAGCAAUGAAUUUAUAAUAAACAGCCAUGUCUUUGUUUUAAUUUCCACAAGCAUCAGGAAAUGAAACUAAGUAAUCAGUUAGUUAAUAGAUUCCAUUCAGCAUGUACUGAAGUUAUGCAAUGUUGAAAUGAUACGUGGUUUUAAAAAAGUGACAUAAACACUGUCCAGACUUUAACUUAAGAGUAUCAGCCUUUUCAAGAGAACAGUGGCUUGAAGUGUUGAGGACAUUGGGAGCAACACCAGUGGUCAAUUAAUAAUCAAGGCAAAUUAUUUCAAGCAGUUUUCCUUGCUCUUGAGUCCAUAGAUGUUACGGAUACCACUCAGUUGUUACCGUUUUUGAGAGGAGUUAAUGCUGAGUUAGAAAUGACUGAGGAAUUAGCCCCUAUGAAUGGGUGAGUGAUGUGAGUGCCUAGAAGAUUGCCACGGAGGUCGCUGAUUUAUCACGUGUAUUGCGCCACUGUUAUGUACCAGACAUUGUUUUAGGCUCUGGCUGGGGUUAAGGUAGUAACUAAGAUGACGCCUUUGCUCUUAUGAAGCUUAUGUUCUAUAUUGUGUCUCCAUGAUUAUAAGACCUUAUCUGUAUUGCCCACACCUCUUGGCACACUGCCAAACAUAUAAUUGAUUCUCAACCCUUAUUUGCUGUUUCAAUAGAUCUACAUUGCAGGGCUAUUUAAAUAUAGGGCAAAUUGUUUGGAAAUCAUGUUUUAAAUGCCUUUCAGGUUUGCUCUCAUAUUACUCUUGAAAAGAUAAGACCAGGGGUUAAAUUUUCUGAUAUAUUUUGAUAGAAACUCAAGCAAUAGCUUAAGUUAAUUCCACAGAAGUAUUCCAAAAACCCCUGUCCAAGCACAAGUAAAGCCAUUUCAUAUUGAUACAGGUAGGCCAGGCCUUCAUCAGAAAACAUACGGCAGAAAAUAAGGGUAAAGAUGCCGGUUGACUGGUGAAGUUUUUCGUAUGUGAAGAAUGAUACAAUGGUUUGACUUAUCAAAUUUGCUUGCAUAUUCCUAUGUAUUUCUGAGAGUUAACUACAUUUUAUUGAUAUGGUGACAGCAUAAUGCCUUUAUAAUAAAGAUGAAUAGGAGGAGCUUUG